UUAUCGUAUCGGCCCCUCCUCUCCCGAUCCGUUCAAACAACGCUCCAAAAGCUCUCUCAAUAUCUUCCAAAAAGCAGCGUCACUCGCUUUCUCUCUGUCAUUUUCUCAAACAACCCAUCGACUCUUCCCCAAAUCGUCCAUUUUAUUCCAAAAGGCAAUAAAUCGGCGAUCACGUAAUAUUGUAACAGGAAAAAGAAGCGACGAUGUCUCUAAGACCGAACGCGAGGUCGGAGGUCCGUAGGAACAGGUACAAGGUGGCGGUUGAUGCGGAGGAAGGCCGUCGGAGGAGAGAAGACAACUUGGUCGAGAUCCGAAAGAACAAGAGAGAAGAGAACCUCCUUAAGAAACGCCGCGAAGGACUUCUGGCUCAACAACAACAACCGCAGCAACUGCAGAUGCUCUCUUCCACUACCGGCUCCGAGAAAAGGUUAGAAAGUCUUCCCGCCAUGGUCGCGGGUGUUUGGUCAGAUGACAGGGAUGUGCAGCUUGAGGCAACAACUCAAUUCAGAAAGCUGCUAUCAAUAGAACGUAGUCCUCCAAUUAAUGAAGUUGUACAGUCGGGUGUUAUUCCUCGCUUUGUCGAGUUCCUUGCAAGGGAUGACUUCCCACAGCUUCAGUUUGAGGCAGCUUGGGCUCUCACAAAUAUUGCUUCAGGUACAUCAGAAAACACCAGAGUUGUAAUUGAUCAUGGAGCUGUCCCUAUAUUUGUUAAGCUCCUAGGUUCUCCAACUGAUGAUGUUCGUGAACAGGCUGUUUGGGCAUUAGGAAAUGUUGCUGGAGACUCUCCUAAAUGCCGUGACUUGGUCCUCGGCUGUGGGGCCUUGAUGCCACUGUUGGCGCAAUUCAAUGAAAACGCAAAGCUAUCUAUGUUGCGAAAUGCUACUUGGACUUUAUCCAAUUUUUGCCGGGGAAAGCCACAACCUUCAUUUGAGCAGACAAAACCCGCUUUGCCAACUCUUGAACGACUUAUCCAUUCAAAUGAUGAUGAAGUCCUUACAGAUGUUUGCUGGGCUUUAUCAUAUCUCUCAGAUGGUACUAAUGAUAAAAUCCAAGCUGUUAUCGACGCAGGUGUCUGCCCCAGACUUGUUGAGCUUUUGACUCAUUCAUCCCCAACUGUCCUAAUUCCUGCUCUUCGCACUGUUGGAAACAUUGUUACAGGGGAUGAUAUGCAGACUCAGUGUAUUAUAAACCAUCAAGCUCUUCCAAGCCUUCUGAACCUGCUGACAAAUAACUAUAAAAAGAGCAUCAAGAAGGAAGCUUGCUGGACCAUCUCAAACAUCACUGCAGGAAAUGUAGAUCAAAUUCAGGCUGUUAUUGGGUCUGGCAUUAUAACCCCUCUAGUCCAUCUACUUCAAAACGCAGAGUUUGAGAUCAAGAAAGAAGCUGCCUGGGCAAUUUCAAAUGCUACCUCUGGGGGUACCCAGGAACAAAUAAAGUUCAUGGUAAGCCAAGGUUGCAUUAAGCCAUUGUGUGAUCUUUUGAACUGUCCUGAUCCAAGAAUUGUCACGGUCUGUUUAGAAGGGCUUGAAAACAUUCUGAAGGUCGGGGAAGCGGAGAAAAAUUUGGGUCACACCAGAGAGGUCAAUCUCUAUGCGCAGUUAAUUGAUGAUUCUGAGGGGCUGGAAAAGAUUGAAAACCUCCAAAGUCAUGACAAUAAUGAAAUCUAUGAGAAGGCAGUGAAGAUUCUUGAAACAUAUUGGGUGGACGAAGAGGAUGAGCCAUUACCCCCCGGUGAUGCUUCGCAAUCUGGGUUCCAAUUUGGAGGCAAUCAACUUCCUGUUCCUUCUGGUGGAUUCAGUUUCAGUUGAAGGACACCGAAGUGAUGCAGAUAUAUGUUGUCAAGAAGUCAUCUCAAUAAAGACAUGA